AUGAACAACCAACUGAGCGUUCAGAACAUGCAACGUCAUUUCUCCGAUACAGCUUACUUACCUCAGGUGUCUUCGAGAUUGAAUCCUAACCCUAAUCUGAUAACGAGACCAUCAAGGGGAUUACCGGUGGGUACGGUCCAACAGAGAGGAACUAUGUCGAUGCCUACUUCACCGAUCAUGAAGAAGAUGGUGAUCCAACCGACAGCUAACCCAGGAAUUGAUCUUGGUCAAGGGAUCUGGGAAUCUCUACAAACCGCUCAAGCGUUCUUCUCAAGUCAUUAUCAUCAACAGCAACAGCAAUUACAGCAGCAGAACAAUCCUCAUCCUUUACCGACCCACAAUCAAGCUUCAUCUCAGGAUCAGAUCCAGCUACCAAAUCAAAAUCAGGAUCAAAAUCCAAACUCAGGAUUUACAAAUCAUGUCUCACCUAUGGAUCUCACACUGUCUUCUUCAAUGUAUUACGACCUCUCUAGCCAACCGCCUACGACGAGUUCCUUGCAGUACAUCUCACCUCCGUCUACUCGUUUCCAGACUCAACCACCUAAUACUGGAUCAGGAAUGGGUUUAGGGAUAGGAAUGGAUAUCGAUUCACCGUUUAUGGACCAUGCAGGAUUUCCCAAUCGCACUGUGUCACCUACUACCAAUAAUCAAGUCAAGCAAGAUGGAGUCGAAGAUAAUGAUAUGAACCCUGACACUGGUGCUGGUACUGGUACUGGGUUUAGGAAGAAGAGGAUUCAAGUUAGGAUAGCGUGUACACAUUGUCAGAAAGCUUGUAAGAAAUGUUCCAAUACUCGACCUUGCGAACGAUGUGUGAAAUACGGUCUGACUGAAUGUGUGGACUCGACUCGUAAACCCAGGAAAACAGGUAUCAAGAGGGGUCCAUACAAGAGGCGUUCCUCCAGAUACUCAGCUACGGGAUACCCAUAUCCUCUCACAGGUGAUGGUGGCGAUGGUGGUUCGCUAAAGACAAAGAUGAACGAUCAUCAAUACCAAUUCCCAAAUCAAAAUUCGAAUACGAAUAUAAAUACGGUCCCGAAUCAUUCACAUGUCCAAGCAGGAUUUCACUUAUCUAAACCCAAUCAUACUCGAGCUAAUUUCUCUCAUCCACCUCAUAAUCAUACCAACAACCAUUCGAACUCCACGUCUAUGAGUGAAAAUUCACAAUCUCCUCAUUCCAAUUCGAAUCCUUUGCAUCACCAACCAUCCUCUACUCAUUCUCAAUCCAUAGUCUAUCCACCAUUCCCCAAACCUACACCCACUGCGUCGAGUAAUCUCGUAACGGCCAUAUCCAAUGCACUAUCUCUACCUCAACAAUCCCAGUGGGUUGACGGUCAGAGACUACCGUUGAACUCGAAGACCAAUGGUGUAACACCGGAAGAAGAGAAUGGCAGCAAGAAAGGAAAGACAAGUCCGAUGUAUCCCAAAACCCCCGUUGGAGUGUUUCCAUUUUCCUUAGUAGGUGGGAAAGAUGAUCCGUUCUCUAGAGCUGUUAGCCCCAUCAAACAAUUUGAAUUCGAUUUUGCUUCGGCGGGUGAGAGCCCUCAUGGUAAUGUCGACGUUAAUAGGAGUGGGUUGAGUGAAGUCAUAGAGGAAAGUGAAGGUGUAGAAGUGGAAGAGAAUGCUUCUGCAUUCAUAUCAACAUCGGUUUCUUCCACAUUACCUUUACCGAAUAAUACUUCCACUCGACAGACUAAUGAAACUAUUACGAAUACUACCAACCUCCGGGUUAACACGCAACCGAUGAUCAGCUCUCCUCUUUCUAUGGGGCCUGGAACAGGUGCAUAUACACCUUACGUACUGCCAAGUAAAAUUCGCAAACCGUCGUUGAGGACUUUGAUGUCCACCUCAACCUCAAGAGCGCCCUCACCUACAGCCACGACUCAUACACAGGGUAUGUCAAAUCCGCUAAGUAACAUUGAUAUGGAACUACAGAGUCCGACGUUAUUUACUGCUUGUGCCGAUGAUAGUGGAAUGCUAUUGGAUGUGGAUGAGAUAGAAGGUUGGGAUACCCCUUGGUCAGUUAGAAAUGAAGAUGCAGGCGGAGAAGGAGAUGAUGGGAUCAGAAAUCACGGUGGAAAUGAAGCUGGACUGUUCGAAGGUAUCAUGGGAUUACAUUGA